GUUGGCUCGCAACAAGUGGUGAAAAGUUUUCAGACCCCCCCUCCCCUGUAUGUUUUUGUUGGGGGAAAAGUUGUUGGGAGUUAGGUCGUGUGAAUGUAGCUUCCCCGUAUUUUUUCCCUCGCCUCUCGGUAACAGUGGGAAUGCGAGUUUUUACUCCAGGGAAGUCGAGCUUCGAGCAGGGUUUUUCCUCCCUACGUCCUCCGGCUCGGACCGAAAAUCUCGGUGGCCCUCAUCGUUUCACCUCUGCCGUCUCGUUAGCCACCUAAGCUAGCUCCGCCGCCAGCUAACUGCCCCACAAAGUUAUCGCUACCUCGCCUCACGGUGUGUGUGUAUUUCUUUCGGAAACUUCCAGGUCGGCAGGAAAAGAAGAAGAAAAAAGAAACCGCAAACGUAGAGAUGGCGGAAACCAAAAUAAUUUAUCAUAUCGACGAGGAGGAGACGCCGUAUUUGGUGAAGAUUCCCAUCGCUGCCGAAAAUAUCACUUUGCUGGAUUUUAAACAGGUCCUGAACAAGCCAAACUACAAGUUCUUCUUCAAGUCUAUGGACCAAGACUUCGGGGUGGUGAAGGAAGAGAUUUCAGACGACAGUGCCAAGUUGCCAUGUUUCAACGGCAGAGUGGUGUCAUGGUUGGUAUCUUCAGACACUCCAGCAGCAGAGCCUCCAGUGGCAGUGGUCCCCCCUGUGGAAACAACUACCCAGCCUUUGCCCCCUCCGCCACCCCUUCCUCCCCCACCUGCAGAGAGGACCGGGGGCAUCGGGGACUCCAGACCACCAUCUUUCCAUCCCAAUGCAACAGGCAGCGUGGAGACUUUGGACGACCAGACUGAAACGGAGUCUGUAGUUUCUUUCAGGAGAGAGAGGCCUCGGCACAGAGAGAGCAUGGAACAACACGGCCCUCGUAUGAACGGCCAGAGUCGUCUGGAGCGCCACCUGGCAGGAUACGAGAGCUCUAGCACGGUGAUGAGCAGCGAGUUAGAAACGACCAGCUUCUGCGACUCUGAGGACGAUGACACGAUGAGCAGGUUCAGCAGUGCCACAGAGCAGAGCACAGCUUCGAGGCUUCUUAAGCGACAUCGUCGACGGAGGAAACAGCGUCCCCCACGUCUGGAGAGGGCCUCCUCCUUCAGCAGUGUUACAGAUUCCACGAUGUCUCUGAACAUCAUCACCGUCACUCUAAACAUGGAAAAGUACAACUUCCUGGGUAUCAGCAUAGUGGGUCAGAGCAACGAAAGGGGGGAUGGAGGCAUCUACAUUGGCUCCAUCAUGAAGGGAGGAGCUGUGGCUGCUGAUGGACGCAUUGAACCUGGUGACAUGCUGCUGCAGGUGAAUGACAUCAAUUUCGAGAAUAUGAGUAACGACGAUGCAGUGCGGGUCCUGAGGGAGAUUGUACACAAGCCAGGGCCCAUCAUCCUCACAGUGGCAAAGUGCUGGGACCCGUCUCCUCAGGGCUACUUCACUCUGCCUCGCAAUGAGCCGGUCCGACCCAUUGACCCUGCAGCAUGGGUCAGUCACUCCGUGGCCAUGACCGGGGCUUACCCUCCCUACCCAGGCAGUUCCUCCCUCAGCACCAUCACGUCCUCGUCCUCCGUCACCGAGACUGAACGUUUUGAUGACUUUAACUUAUCACUGCACUCUGACAUGGCAUCUGUCGCCAAAGCCAUGGCCUCACCAGAGUCGGGUCUGGAAGUCCGGGACCGCAUGUGGCUUAAAAUCACCAUUCCCAACGCUUUCCUAGGUUCAGACGUAGUUGAGUGGUUGUUUCACCACAUCGAGGGAUUUCAGGACCGCCGUGAAGCCAGGAAGUACGCCAGCAACCUGCUGAAGGCCGGCUUCAUUCGUCACACGGUCAAUAAGAUCACAUUCUCCGAACAGUGCUACUAUGUAUUCGGAGACUUGAGCGACUGUGAGAACUAUAUGGCCAAUCUGUCUCUGAAUGACAACGACGGUUCCAGCGGCGCCUCGGACCAGGACACCCUGGCCCCCUUGCCGCUCCCUGGGGCUUCCCCGUGGCCCAUGAUGCACACCUUCCCCUAUCAGCCAUACCCAACACAUCCCUUCUCCAGCCAGCCGCCUCCGUACCACGAGCUUACCAGUUACAGCUACGCCCCGGGCAGCACUGGCAGCCAACACAGCGAAGGGAGCCGGAGCAGCGGCUCGACGAGAAGCGAGGGUGAGCGGCGUCGCAGCAGUAAAGGCCCUGGUAGCACUGUGGGCGGAGGGGAGAAAUCCCCGUCCGGCGGUGGUGGAGAAGGUGGCGGGGCCGACUCGCGCUCCGGCAGCGGCAGCGAGUCUGAGUACUCGACGCGCAGCAGUCUGAGGCGCGGCCACGGUUCAGCCGCCCCCAGCGAGCACAGCCACGCCUCCUCCCAACGCUCGCAUCAUCACCGCAUACCCCAACCGCCCCACAUGUCCCCCUACCCGCCGGGAAUCCUGCCGUACAACCCCAUGAUGGUGAUGAUGGUACCCCAGCAUCCACACCCGGCCAUGGCAACCGCCCACGGCCUUCAGCACACGCAGCCGAUGGCGGCAGCUCCCAUGCACCCCGCGUUACCUCCACCUCCUUCCUCCACUCCUGGAGGACCACCUGGUGCUCCGCCCACUCGUGAGCUGGGUUCCGUACCCCCAGAGCUCACUGCGUCACGGCAGUCGUUCCACCUGGCCAUGGGAAACCCCAGCGAGUUCUUCGUGGACGUCAUGUAGUUUUUUUUUUUCUCUUCCUUGUGUUUGGUGUCCGUUCAUGUGAAGUUAGUGUUCCCACUUGUGUCGACGAGGAUCUGAUGGUAGCUUAUUGAACUCGUGUGUGCCUGUUGGAGUCGGGGCGCUUGACACUAAAUUUGGUCGAACAGGGUUUUAAAGUAAGAACGACGAUAGGACAAAUCUCAAUUGAUCUAUGUAGAAAGUUUAGCUUCUCUUCUUCAAAUCCACUACAGAGCGCAGCCUGUUUUUAUUUUUCAGGCCUUAACCCAGGAGGUUAUUGUUUCCCUCCUACAGAAAACUGUACAAUAUUUAGCAUUUGAUCAUUACACUCCUUCAAACACUCACUUAAUAUUUUAUCAUGGGAAGACCCUUCCAGUUCAGCCACUUGCCCUUGAGCUGCCCAUCCAGAAACAACUGAGACCACAGUUUGGCACUAGAGGGCGCCAGACACACCCAGGCACUCAGGCCAGAUUCAUUGGCUGCACAGGAGCAAAUCAAGUGCCUUUCCAUUAUUAUUUACGUUUUCACACUCCAGGUACAGCAAGCAUCUUUUGUUUCAGCAUUGUUUGACAGUGAGCCCCUCUGUAUAUAUCUAUUACUCCUGUGUAUAUGCAACUCUACAGACCAGCAAACUGUAAUGUGAAAAGAAAGAAAGGUCCAAAAAUGUCAGAAGAACUUUUUUUUAGUAAUCACUGUCUAGGCCUAGUCAUGAGAUAACUCUUGUUGUGAGGAAUGCGGGGUGGGGGUGUUUUUUGAUGUCAGGCUGUAGAGGCUCGAUGGUACUCGUGGCACUAGACGUCCACAGCGGUACUUUUACCUACAUGCAGUGUAUAUCCUCAGUAACUGUGAUCCAAAUGCCCCAGCUCUCCAUGCUUAUUUUUAUGUUACUGACUCGCAUUAUUCACCCGUUCCUUUUUCUAUGUGUGACUAUAUAAAUCAUGUGUAACCCAACUAACUAUUAAGGUGCUAAAUGAAGAGUCAACAUUUCAGAAAGCUGACAUUUAUAGUGUCACAUUGCUUGAUUUCAUAUUGCCACCUUUGCUUGUGUAUUUGAGAAUAAAUUUGAUACAUACUU